ACCAGCAAUUUCCUAACCUAAAUUUGCUUAAAUUUCUUUCAGUGGUGCAACCGCGUCAAUCUUUUGGUUUUCAAAGAUUUCAAAAUUUUGUAACGAAAAUGUGCAUAGCUGGAAGCCCUAAAUGUACUAUAAUGUGGUAAAAUUCGAUUUAAUUCCAAUAUUAGUUUGCUAGUACAUUCGCUAGAUUAAAACACGCAAAAUCUUUACUUUAUAAAGUAAAAAACAAUUAACCAAAAGUUUCUCAAGAGUUUGGAAUUUAGAUUUUGAGUCUUCGAGAAGAGAUGGGUGAGGCACCGAAAUACUAUGGAAGAAGGCGAAGUAUCGUUCGACGAAUCGGCUCAAUGCUUCCUCUCAAACCUCAUCCGAAAAUUUAUGUCAGCGUUACUCCUCUUCAUUCGAUGACGAGUUCGAUGAUCAAUGAGGAAGCCAAUGACGAUUUCCCCGAAUCGAAUGGACUUGGACCCGGAAGUGGUCUUUUGUCCGCAAGCAAACCAGACCUUUUAGAACCCAUCAGUUUUGGAUCAGAAGUUCGUCUGCUCGCCUUGGAACAAGAAUUGCAAGAGUUGAGGGAACAAAUAUCGACGAUUGUGAAGAGUGCCAAACCAGGACCGACUCGCAACUUUGUCUCUGAACCAUCUCUCACCAAUGGAAAGGAUAAUGACAUAAUUGGCAUGAAACCUCCACCUCCGCCCCCACCGUUGCCUCCACCCACGACGCCUCAUAUUGCAAGGCGAGCGAGUUUACAAGAUCAUAUUAUGGAAGAUAAAAAAAAGCCCCCAUUAAACCCUCACAAAUCCAUGGGGGAUAUUUUGAAAGACAUCGAUAAGGUCAAAUUGAAACCAGUCGCAAGAUCACCUGGCGGUCGACCAUUGAAAAUAAAGCGAGAAGACAGUCCAUGCAACGAUUUACAGGAGAUCUUGCGAAAACGUUAUCUAGCAAUGCGAUCUCCCGAUAGUAAAAAUUCUUCUGCAACCCUAGCCCUGGACGACUCCUUUAGUUAAACUAAUUUUCCCACUGCGUUCAGUGAAACGUAGGAAUUCUGCAAAAUAUUGUCACUGAUACCAUCAAUUUAAAUCCGUUAUAACUUAUAGAAAAAUUAUUUCUCUAUAACAGAUUUUAAUUGGUUUCUUCAGUUUCAUUGUCUCAGGGCUUUUGUGACCUGGUAUAAAGAAAAUUGUACUCGAAGUAUUUUUAGGCAUCUCGAGAAAAGCCUAGUCCUUAAAAGUGCUAAUCAAGAAUUCAAAGUGGCCAUAAAAGCUGUGCAUUUGUUUCUUCUCAAUUGUGAAGGAGGGACUAAGUUUCAACUUCAUUUAAACAUUAAGCUCCAUUGUAAAAAUUCUCACAUCGCUUCUCACUUGUUGUAUAUAGAAAAAUGUCUCGAACUGAGAUUUACUGUUUAAACUAAUGUUGGUAGAAAUCAGAUUUUUACUUGUGCGAAGAAAUAUCAGUUUGGUCGAUAAAUACAUACAAAAGUAGUUUCAAUAAUGCCCCUACAUAUUCUGGUUCAGAUUACGUUUAACCAAUAAUAACGAUCUGAUUCGUUCAAAAUAUUUGCAUUUUUUCCACAUCCUUAAUGUUUGUUUUUUUCGUUUUAAUUUUAUUUCUUCACUUUACUCUUUCAGUUGUUGCUUAAUUUUAUAAUGCAUACUCUUGUCUUGCAUUUACAUUUUAAUGAAGUCGGCGAAGAAUCGAUAUAAUAUCUAUUAAACUGUUUAGAAUUUUGAACAAAUUUGAUUUCCAUAAUUUCUAGUAGCAACGGAAACGAUUCCAUUUUAAAGGUAGUUCAUAGAGCUGAUAAGGAAGUGAUCUGAUAUUUUCAGUAAUAUCAGUGUAUAUCGUCCAGUGACCACUAUCGACAGAUCUUAGGUAGUGCGUUGACGGAAUACUUAAAUAAAGUAAUAAAGAAAACAAUCCCGUCGCAAUCUCACGGCGUAGUUCAUAGAGAAAUAAAAAUAUCUCGCCAUGUGAUAACGAUAUUUAAGUUCUAAUGGAUUUCUGUUCGUACGUAAUCCAUAUUUUCGAGUAAAAGAUACACCGAAAGCUGCAAUGUUAAGUUGUAAUUAUUGUCGAUGCUCGGGCUCGCUGCAGGUUUUGGAGACUGUGUUCCGUAAUCUACGUUUAAUGAAUGUACAGAGAAGUUUUAUACCUGAAACUUUUAUCAACGACUCAAAAAUAAACGUUAUUGUUAUUCA